UAUUUAUCAAACCCUUCGCUCAAAUGCUCAAGGCAUAUAUAUAUAACUCUCUAAUUUCGCCAUUCAAUUUCAUUCGAUCACAUCCUUAAACUCACUCUCUCCUCACUUCCUCCCAUCUCGUUUAAUUCGAACAUGAGUUUGAAGGAUUCUGGUGAGAAAAAACUGUUGAAACUUGGGCCCUUUGGAUCAGAAACCGGAGGGGAAAGUUUUGAUGAUGGAGCUCAUUCAACAGUCAGGCAAUUGGUAAUAUCUCAUUCAUCGAACAUUGACUCCAUACAGAUUGAAUAUGAUGACAACGGGAGCUCAUUUUGGUCAGACAAGCAUGGUCAUGAAGGCGAUACCUAUAUUGACACGAUCAAACUUGAUUAUCCGUACGAAUAUUUGAUUUCAGUUCAUGGAAAAUACGUUAAGUUUUGGCGGUUCCCAACCUAUAUUUGCUCCCUUACUUUUAGGAGCAACAAGAAAUGUUACGGACCAUAUGGAGAUGAACUGAUGAAGGAAACCUGGGAAAGUAUUUUUCAAUCCAAGCACCUGGGAAUAUGAUUGUCGGCUUUCAUGGUAGGGCUUCCAUUUUUAUGGAUAUCCGUGCAAUAGGAGCUUACCUUAAACCCCUUGAUCAUUAUCAGAAUGAAAAGUACAACCCCUCUAAAGUUCUCGAGGUCGUGCCCGCACUACGAAAUCCGUCAAGGCCUCUACGUCAAGCUAGAUAUCCUUCUCAGACCAAGCUCAGAAACACACACGAUGACGACGAAGAAGAUAACAAACAAUUAUCAUGCAUAAUUGCCGGUAACCAAGUUAAGGGAAACGAGGGCGACCGGAAUGGAGGAUUCGCUGUUGGAAAUACAUUUAUUAAUACCCACUACUAUUAUCCAUUAAAGUUCAAUAAUGCCAUGUAGAAAUUGCAUUUCAAGGUAGUUAACGUGACUCUAUCAAACUCACCUUUUUUUUUUUUUUUUUGAAUAGUCCAUAGCGACUCAUUAUUACCAUCUGUUGAGAGUAUAAAUCUCAAUUGGUCACUCCAUCCAUUAUGUUCUAUGAAAUGAUAUAUGUCAACAUUAUAGCAGGUUAUCCUAUAUGUGAAUGUCUCACAGCCACACGAGUUUCAUGUCAUCCAAUAUAAAUUGUUCAUGCGUAUGGCUUGAAAAUUCGCUGCAUGUGCGGAACCGUUUUGAGAGUAUGAAUUCCAUAAAAAAAAUGGAGACAUUGCAUAUGAGUUUAAAAAGAUUUGGGGCA